UUUUUGUCAAUAUUUGUGUUUACGACUUUAGUUGUGUUUAGAAACGUCGAGGGAAUUAAUGUAAUAGAGUGGAUAUAUUACGAAAUAUCAUCGCUGGAAAGAAUGGAAAAUUAUAAUUCAAAUUUUUAUAUUCCACAUAAUCAAAUAGAUUUUCCCUCGAUAGAUGAUCCAUUUUAUAAAUAUCAGAAUAAUGGUUAUAUGAUGGAUUAUUCAAGUCUACAUCAACAAAACUUUCAUAAAAAGUAUAUACCAAAUCAAGUUACUCCUUAUUGGCCAAAAGAACCAAUAAUUAGAAAAUCCUCUGUAUGUCAAACGCCAAUUGUAACUUUAGAUGAUUAUCCUGGAGAAUUUAAUUUUCAGUUUUCACUUCCUGUAAAUGAAUGUUUUAGAACAAAUUUAAUGUACUCGAAGAAGCUAUUGAAAGUCUAUAUAAAAAUGGGACAUGUUCUGCCAAUGCGUUUCUCGUGGAGCUCGUUUCAUGGCGACUUUUGGCUGCGUACGACGAUGGUGUUUCGUGAGGAUCACGACCGAAGCAUCCCGGUACAGCGCUGCUAUGCCCACAUGGCCUCCGAUUUGCCUUACAAUCAAAAUAUAAAUGCCAGCCAGCUUCAGCACGUAUUUCGUACGGGGAAUGUGCGCAGCUACUAUCAUUGUAACAACGGGAUCUUAUCAACACUGACUCCCUUAAAUAACCCGGUUGUUGGCCUUAAGGACGUACCCAUUGACUUUCUGUUCUAUUGCAAAAAUAGUUGUCCUACUGGCAUCAAUAGGAGGCCAACAAUGAUGGUAUUCACUUUAGAAUCGCAGACUGGCCAGGUUCUCGGCAGGAGAUCUCUUCAGGUGCAAAUUUGUAGUUGCCCAAAAAGAGAUAAAGAAAGAGACGAGAAUGACUUACAAAAUCCAAAAGCAAAACGAUCACAGGAAAAGAAAUCCGUAAGUAAUCCACCGCCUGUGCCACCGCCUGAAGAAGACACAGAAUCGAGUAUCGAGGAGGAUCAGAACGUUUAUUCUUUGAAAUUGGAUGUGCUUGGAGAAGAAAAUUAUAAGGCCGUAUUGAAAUAUGCCUACGAUAUAAUGGCUGGAUAUGCUGUCAGAACUGGAAAUUUCGAAAUAUUAAAAAAAUGUAGUGAAGAAUUGCAUUUGUGCUUUUAAGCAUUUAGUCUUUGGUGUUAUAUAACUGCUAGUCGCGAUUAUAAUUCAAUAUGAAAUAGGCUCAGAUUUAAAAGUACGUAAGUGAUUGAACUUUACAUACGUAAUGUUUUUAAAAUAAAAGUAUGUUUGUAUCAAGUCUUUAAGAAUAUAUUACAAA